AUGUCACCCUUCAGCUUAGGUGGGUGUGCUCGAAGACCUCUGGGCAGCUGUGUGCGUCGCACCGAUCAGCGAGCUGACGCAAACAUCAAACUGUACAUACAGAGUCGGUGCCGCAAGCACUGUGCGGACUGUCGCAAGCACUGUGCGGACGCGCUGGUGCCUGUGCCGGUGCCGGUGCCGGUGCUGGGGCUGGUGUUGGUGCUGGCUAUGCACACGAUGUGUUUACUUUCAACGAGAAGCGCCACGGCGCCCAUCACAGGGCGAUAA